UUUGCUGGACUGCAUGAAGCUCCAAGAGCCGCACAGUUCUUUUGUCGUUCCAGUGUGUGCUCGCGUUGCCGUUGGGAGUGACAGGCAUGCUUAUUUUUACAAGCAAUGAAGUAUCUGAUGGACCAUGGUACGGGAACAAUCCAACAGGCCGUGUAAUUCCAAGGUGGCGAGCUUGAAUUAGUUGUAGAACGACACUGUAGAGCGAAAAGCUUGUAGUGAGCUGUGUAGUUGGUGAACAGUUUGUAGGGUCCAUUCAGCAAGCAGUCUUUUGGGAGCCUUUUCGGAGAGUAUUUUGACAAGUUUGGCGGAGUACGGAUGCCAUAUUUACCCCAUAUGCACAAGCUUUGAGAUACACUCGGUUUGACCUCUGGACCCCGCGGGACCGUGCCUUGUUUGGACAUGGCUUUGGCGAAGGCACGAGCUCAGCUGCUUGCAGUACUGUCGGCGUGUUCUCUGUCGUUGCUGUCUUGUGCCGUCGACGUCGUCAGUGCCAACAGCGCUGGUGAUGGACAGCAGGUCAGUCCGAAAGCAAAUCCGUGCGCAUGUCUCAAUAAUGGAGUUUGCGAUCCUCGUUCGGGUUACUGUUCCUGCUUGAACAACUUUGCCGGGGCGAAAUGUGAAGCAUGUGCAUUUGGCUACUCCGGACCAGGCUGUUUCGUACACUGCUCGUGCAAGAAUGGUGCGGAGUGUACUCCCGGUACCUCGGUCUGCCAGUGUCGACCAGGUACCUUUGGAGCUGCGUGUGAGAAGAAAUGUUCACCAGGUGCUUGGGGAGCAGGUUGUACAAAUAAAUGCCGGUGUCAGAAUGGUGCACAGUGCGACGGGGGAACUGGCUGCCAAUGUGUACUGGGUUACACUGGAAGAUACUGCAAUACGCGCCCAAUCUGUCCACUGUUGACGUUGCCUAGCAACUUACUGCUGGAACAAUCUGGUGGUAAUGGCUAUUUAAAUGUGACCACGACACGUUGCCCUGACAACUGGUUGUGGGUGAGUGGCAGUCAUCAGCGAGUAUGUCAGGAUGAUGGUACAUGGUCAGGUCCUGCUGCAUCCUGUCAGCCUCCGUCUACUAACAGUCCUGGCACAACUACAGCUCCUCAAGUUCAGAUGUGUUCUGAAGCAACCAUUGAUGGUCUUCAAGGAAAGUUUGUGUGGCCUGUGACAGUAGCUGGUGUCAAAAGAACAAUUGUAUGCCCAGUGUUGGUGGCUGGUGAACCUGUUGUCCUUGCUGAGCGGAAGUGUUCCAGGGUCGGAAACACUGCACGAUGGGAGAGUCCUCAAGUGGACAACUGCGCGUACGCCAGCGCCAGAACCCGGCAAAUACAACGCCACUUCCGGGGACUGGCGGGAAAGCACACAUUGAUUGCCGUGUGUGUGCAGAUCGUCGUGGCCAAGAGCAUCUUCAACGGUGAGAAUGGCACCACGGUGACAAGUGUGGAAGCAGAUCUGCUACUGGACACGGUGUCUAUGCUUUCCAACUCUAUGGUCAGUCUGCUUGCAGGCAGCGCUGCAAGCGAGAAAUUCCUCCUGGAUUCGUUUUCUUCCUUCCUGAACGUAUUCGACAUCUUGCAAGCAUCGCCGAUCCUGGCACCCAGCGCUGCCGAUUCUCCUCCUGCUAAACUCGAGAAGCUUAACAAGAAGCAAGGCCUGCGAACGUCCAUAGACAACAUCGCCAAAGCGCUGCAGCUGUCGCGAGAAGACCAGACGUUCAUGCUGCAAUCAAAGUCCGUUGUCAUGACCGCCGUGUGCCCGAAAGUGGGCGAAAGCUAUGCAUUCACCGUGGAGGAUCUUCCCAGGAACGCUACUGAGAGUGCCAAACGAUCGCUGGACAUCACGGCAGUGAGAGCAGCGAAUGCAACCAACGGCAACACCGCAGCCACGGCGAAUACACCUGGGAAUAGCUUGAGGUUUACGUUCCCAUCUGCAGCCGUGCAGCAGGCAAAGGAUGCUGAAACGUCACCGCCGACAACGUUUAAAUGCCGCGUGCCGCAGAUCUCACUUCUGUCCUUUCCGGCUGAUGAGCAUUUGAACAGCAGCAAUGCCGUUGGCAGCAAUGAUCAAGUUGCGACGUCCAUUGUAGCAGCCAGUGUGGGCAGCAGAGAUGACAGCUUGCAGCUGGGUCUGAGUCAAGUACAAAUGACAAUGCCUGUUCAUCUGCCAAGUGAUGAUCUGGAGGACAGGAAUCUCACCUGCAGCUACUGGAACAAGACGUCAUCGUCAUGGAGACAAGAUGGCUGCCGACUUGUGAACAUCACGCAAGGUGAUGGUGGAGAGACUUUAGCUCACUGUGAAUGCAAUCACUUGACGCACUUCGCAGUACUUGUCACACCUCCCGGUAGCAGAUCAAUUGAUUUAUCAGCCGGCAAUGAACAGGCCCUGUUCUUGAUCUCCCUCAUUGGCUGCAGUCUGUCCAUCGGCUGUCUCGUGCUGACCAUCGUGCUAAUUCUGUCGAUAAAACGACAGCGAGGCACUGUCCAGCACCAGCUAACGUUGUGCCUGUCUGUUUCUCUCUCGGCCGUGCUGAUCUUGUACAUGGUGAAUGCAACGGGCUCGGGUGAACGGAGUCGAGCCUCGUGCCUCAGCAUUGCCCUGUGCUUGCAUUUCUGGCUGCUGAUGUCGUUUGGAUUCAUGCUGGUACUGGCGUAUCAUCUCUACCGCCGUCUUGUGACGGUGCUCGUCCAAGUGGGCGAGCAGUUUCUGGCGCGUGCCAUCGUCACGGUGAGCCUUGCAUGUGCCGCGCUCGUCGGCUUGAACCUAGCCAUAUUUGGAACUCAAAGCUACGGCAGCGACGACGGUCAGCUAUGCUUUCUCGUGGACCGCACGUCAUUCUACGCGACGUUCAUCGCUCCCCUGGUCGUCAUGUUUGCGGUGAACGGAUUCAUCGUGUCCGUGGCGGCCGAGAAAGUUCGCAAGCACUACAAGUGCACGGGCGGUGAGAGGCGGCGCGUGUGGAUCCUGACCAAGCUGGUCUGCUCCAUGACGUUCCUGCUGGGCCUGACGUGGCUCUUCGGCGCCCUGGUGAUGAUCGCUCCCAGCACCGUGGCCCUGCAGUAUAUGUUCGCACUGCUGAACACCAUGCAGGGCGUCGGCAUCUUUGCGUUCCAUGUGCUGCUGGCCACGUCGCAAGCAGCCAGAGACAGCAAGUCCAAGCGCACCACAAACUACUCAUCCGGCACAGGCACCCUCCGUCAGCCCAGUGGUGAACACCGUAAGCAGCUGGUGAACGCCGAUGCAAGAUCGGACGAUACCAGCUAUGCUAUGAGAUGCAAAACGCCGUCGGUGAGCUCGGAUAUCUCCACGGUGUCGAUUGACGACACUUUGCUACAUCCUUCCUUGCGCAGCAUCAUCGAUCGAAGGUGUCCGCUGGAGAGAGUGCAGAGCAACGACUGUGCGGAUUCGCCCCAGAGCCAGCACGCGCCGCCGGCCCCGCCUUGCAGCACGGAUGGAGACUGCCGCACCACUCCACGCGGCACUCUGCCGGGGGAGCCUCCUUGUGACGGUAGUGCAGCCGUUGACACCACUCCAGCCUACUCCGAACCAUCCCCUGACGAUGACAACGCAUACAUGGCGGCAGAUAGUGACGAGAAAGGAGAUAAAAUCACUGACGCGGUGAUUGUUGUGGGCGCAUCUCGCGAUUCCACCGACCAACAGGUCCAGCAGAUCUAGUAGAGGUGUUGAUAACCUCACCUCGGCACGAGGAAGUGGGACCUCGCAAAGUAGGUGUAUUGAAGUGUGACCUCGCAGAGUAGUUGUAUUGAUACCUAACACACACACACACACACACACACACACACACACACACACACACACACACACACACACACACACACAGAUGGAGAGAGAGAGUGUGUGUGUGCUUGUGUGUGCUUGUGCGUGUAUGUGACGUAGAUUCGUGUGUUCUUGAAGUUGGGAUACGUCCAAGUUCGCCACCGUCACUCAUCAGCAGAGUGAUGUGUAUCUCUACUUGACAGUUUCACCUGGAGGCUAGCUAGGCAUUGGAGGACGUGUUGAUGAACUUAUAACAUUGCUGCUAUUGUUAAUUUAUGAGUGUACGCGGCUGGCGACAGUUUGUCCCACUCUCUUGCUGCUGAACAAAAUGUCUUGGCCCAGGUACUGCUGUCAGUGUUGCCGCUGCAUAAUGCUGCUCAUUGUGCAUGAGCACUGCGCUGGGCCGUUUCCAUCGUGCUCAGCAGAUUGCAUCAAUGAGGCUGUCGGCGCUGGUGAUACUCUGACCGUCACCACAGCUGUGCUAUGUGUGUGUGUGUGUGCAGCACAGCUAUCCACGCUACUCCUACUCCCCAGACGUGGUUAUGCCAUGCGUGCAGUUUACCCAUUCACCUGCCCAUUCAAGUCUCCAGGUGCGGCUGUGCCAUGCAUGCAGUUUGCGCAUUCACCUAAAAUAAUAAUAUUAUUUUAAUGUCUGUACACAAUGAUCUCAGCCACUGCUGCUGGUCACAUGACAGUAUGUAUCAUACCCGCAGCUCAGUCUAGUCUUGAGGAUGAACAUUAGA